GUCUGAAAAAACACACAAUUAAGUUCAGGUGGUCUUGGUUUUUCUUUCCUUCCCUCUCGGCAUCUUCUGGACAGUACCUUUUGUGUGUUGUCCCCCUGUAUUCUCAUGUUGGGACCGAGAAUGGGGGGGCACUAGAAUCGACUACUUCUGCACCAGAAUCGAUUCUAGGUAAAAAAAGGGGCCAAGAAGAUGUUGGGACCGAGAUGCGUGCUACUAGCACACGCUAAAAAAAAUGGCAAUUUCAAAACGGCUACGGGCCAUGACUCGCUCAAGGAGAUGACACCACAAUGCCGAAACCGAAUUCAAACGAAGUCAAUCAUGCGACAACGUAUUAGUUGCUGUUACUUAUUGAUUCACUGGCCUGGCUGGGCACUUGUUGUGGGAGUUGCCCUUCCUGUCGGCUGCCAUCUUGUCUCUACGGUGAUCAAGAAUGGUCAUAUCAGAGGCACACGCAUGACAUCUCUUCACCAUACUACAUGCUAGGUGUAGUAGCUGUAUCUCAUGAUCUCUAUGAUCGCAUCUCAAGCACCUCCACUGUUCUCUCCGCUUCUUCAAAGCUUAUAUUGUCAUGAUUUUCUUGAUUCUCAACAGUUCUUCCGUUUGCAGAGGAGAAAGGCCGAAAAUGCAAAGAUGACCGAAGCGUCUUCACUUAUGAAGGUGGGAACUUUAUUCCAAGAUGGAUCUAGUAGUCCUAUCAUGAACCUGGUCUGAACUUAAAGAAGACCAAGACCAUGAUGAGAAUCUUAGCCCUUAAGGCAGUCUGCACUGAACUUUGUGCGAGAUUUAUUGUAUUGUAUUGUAUUGUAAGUAGAUGAUAGAUCAUGAGAAAAACUUACUUUUUAUUGCCGUAGUCUAUUGCCGUUGUGGGCUCUAUUGAACGGGAAUGAUGGUGAACUGCAACAUGCUAAUACAUACAUACAUACAUACAUACAUACUUUUUAUUGCCGUAGUUUGCCUCUAACCAGCUUUCCACGGAGCCGAUGCAACGCCUACUAAAUGCGCCCUUGAAUGCGAGAGACUAGACGACUGUUAUUACUACUCGGCGAUUUAUGGGAACUGGUGCACUGGUUGCAAUGGCGAUGGCUUCAACACACUGCACGAGGGGUCAGAAGCAUACGUUCGAGCUGGUAUUUCAUCCUGUACCUGUUCUUGUAGUGAUGGCAUAGAUACGUCGCAGUGCUGGUGCUAGCUGUAUUAACUAUAUUUCAUACUUUUUAGUAACUUCGAGGAUUUAAUUGACAAGAAUAUACGUACAAAACGCCGGUUGAAAACAUGUUGCUUCUUCCCUCAAUUAUACCACCGCCAACAACAGAUGUCAAAUGUCCUGUUGAUGUAGACCACGGGAUGGAUGGUGGCGAUAUAACAAUGCCACCUGCAGAUCAUGAGGCCAUAGGGAGUCGGAUUGAGGAUUGCGUAUCCUGGUGUGCUAAAAGACCAGAUUGUGUUACGGGAGAGUGUAGUUGUCGAUAUGUAGGAUGUAGAAGUUGCUGGAUUUGGUGGAUAGAAAUUUUCAAGUCUGACAGUAUCAGCAUGAAUAACGAGGAGUUUCUGCCUCACGAGUGCCUCAGAUAUGCAAGAGACAUGGCCUCACCAUUGCUCGUUCUUUUGCAUUGUUCUUCCUUCUACUUUCCACUUUAUAUGAGAACAAUACCUACUUCUUAUUUUUCUCCUGAUCUAUCAAUCUCACUGUGCACAUCGUUCUCAUUGAUUCAACAACAUCCUCUAAUUUGAUCGGCAUCGUUUUCAAUAGACUUGAUGCUUACAAAAAGUGCUACCCAAAAAGGACAUGGGAUACUGGACUUCGCGUCCAGAACGUACAUCUAGACAGCGUGCAGAUGACCGAUGGGUGUCGCACAGUAGCCAAAUUAUAUCUGCCUCGAUACAUGCUGCAUAUGUUAAGGCGUGGAGGACGAGAUGAUGAACGAGGAGAUGUCAUGACUAAAAAUAGUACUAGUGAGUUCCUCUUUUUAGUGAAUUUGUACUUUCAAUGUUGUAGUAGUUGCUAUUCACGAGGACUCACUGGUGUGAUCUUCAUUUUCAUGGUGAUAUGAACUCCACCUUUGUUCUCUAAGAAUCGUCGGUCCCGCGUCUGCAACGGGUCCAAUGUCGAUAAACUGUCCUGCAGGCAUGCGGGUUGUAGGGGGUGGAUGCAAAGUGGACAGUGGCGUGCUUUAUGACGGAUGUAGAAUUUUGAGUUUUUCCAUCCUUGAGCUCGAAUACAUUCAUGAUAGACGACCUUCUAGAUAGUAUCAGCUUAUCUAGAUACAGUAUCACCAGCUUGCGGCUCGUUUCCUUUCAGAUUUUCAAGCUAUACUAGCACAAACCACCCUCUGAAAGGAUACUAGGAUACUACUAGGAUACAACUAGGGAAAAAGGACGUCGUCCCUCUUUCAUAUUAUGGAAGAAAGUUGGCCAUUUGGGGACGACGACGGUCUGAAUGGUGGUUGGCAGUGCGGUGGUACCGCUUCAAAAAGGGUUUGGGCUCUUUGCUCUUCUAGCAUGUCGGUCCAUCUUGUCGAAGGAACGACGAUUAUGAGGAGUUUAGUAUUUAGUUGUAAAAGCACAUCUUGUCCGUCGAAGGAACUACGAUUAUGAGGAGUUUAGUAUUUAGUUGUAAAAGCAUAAAUAAUUGAUGGAUAAAAUUAUUGAUGGCUGGAUAAAAUUAUUGAUGGCUGGAUAAAAUAAUAUUGAUGGCUGGAUAAAAUAAUAUUGAUGGCUGGAUAAAAUUAUUGAUGGACGACACGCGGCGCCCAGAAUAGACGGAUCCUACUUAGCGUGGCCAUGAUUACUAAUAAUUCUGUACUUAUCUAUCUUUUACCUCCUAUCCUUCCUUUUUCUUUUCCUAGUUAGCUUGGCUCCACCCAUAUUAUUGUUGGAUCAUUAUGAAUUGGACACGUGGUCAGAGAGAGGCUUUUUGCCCCAGAGGACUCUCUCACUCAAAAAGCUUCUGGAAAAACACAGCAAUACAAGAAUGGCUGCUUCCAACCACAUUCUUCUAAGAUUAGUGAAGACACAGGUUCGGUCGCUUGCCCAUCUGGAUCAGAACCGACUACGGACCCCUAUCGCAAUUUCAAACAACUUAUUGGCGGUGGUUGUCAACCCAAUGCCGCUCCUACGCAGAUAAAAUACAGUGGUCCAGUGGAUGACACCAUGAACGCAUGGCAGUGCACCAGUGCUGGGGUUGCGAAGACCAUUCGCGCGUUGUGCACUGAACCGCAUGUGCCGAUACAGCGCACGCCAUGGGCUGAUAUUGCAGCUGCUAAGGGAGAAGCAACCUGUCCAUCGAGCGGCGAUCAUGAUUUCAUUCUGGGUGGUGGUUGCGACGCACGUGUAGGGACUCCCGCGUUGCUGGGUUCGGCACCGGAGAUUGGCAGUGCGUUAAGAAGAAUAGUUUUUGAGUACUUACUCUUGAUCAUGAUCGACUGCUACUCACGGGUGCACGAAAGCAUGAAAUUACAGGUCUCUUCAAAAAACUUUGGGAAAGAGUAGAACAAUAAGAACAAGCUUCCAGUUCCAAAAAGACCAAAUGGAAUUAAGUACCUCGUCUAAGUUCAGAUGCAUACGCGCCUCAAGAAUUCAGUUGCGAAGUGGCUACCGG